UCAGCUGUCAGCCAUGAGAUGCUGGCUUCACAUCACUGGUGAGCAGUGAACAUAAGCUACCUGGCCACACCAUUCUUGACAAGAAUAGCAGCUACAGUUAGGGGAGCGUGUUGCUACAGCUCAGUGAUCACCAUCUCGCCAGCAAGUGGAUGGCCAGGCUGGAGGCUCUUGGUGCCAGGGUAUAUUAGCAUAAUGAUUGUGUGCAUUGGCUGAGAUCAAUACCUUGUACUCUGAGACAGCAGGUUCCUGGUAUGUGGGGAGACAACAUGGAGGAAGAACACACUGUCCCCUGCCUGCUGGCAAUUCUAGCUGCCUCUGGCGACAUACACUAAAUAUUCUGUGGAGGGGCACUCUCUCACUGACUAAUUCACUGAUUCCCCAUAUAUUGGGACCAUGGCAGAAGAAACAAUCUAUUUGUGUAAUUUCCGUGUGUCUGUUGAUGGCGACUGGCUGUGUCUGCGGGAACUCAGUGAUGUCCAGCUGCAGAUGCAGGAUGAGAUGAUUGUCUCCUCCGACGAUGGAAAGGACCCAAGGACGAUUGAAAGAGCCAACUUGUUGAAUGUGUCCAAACUUAUUGUGAAGGAACUGAUUGACUCUUCCUUGGCUCAUGGGCGGAUGUUGGAUGAUGACCAUGUGCCACUACAGCAGUUCUUCGUGGUGCUGGAACAUGUGCUUCGACAUGGCCUCAAACCCAGGAAAGGUAUUUUGCGAGAUCGGAAAGAGUUCUGGGGUGUGCUGGAAGCUGUCGAGAAGUUUGCCCCUGAAGCAGGGGAGAUAACUACAAGUGUGCGGGACAUGCCACACAUCAAAACGCCGCUGGGCCGAGCACGAGCAUGGAUCCGCCUUGCCCUGAUGCAGAAGACUCUGGCUGACUACUUCAAGAUCAUGAUAGAGAAGAAGGAUAAUUUACUGAGUGACUACUAUGAAAAUGGGGCUUUGAUGAUGGAGGAUGAAGGGAUGGUGAUAGCCGGACUGUUGGUGGGGCUCAACGUCAUUGACUGCAACCUCUGCAUCAAGGAGGAGGAUCUGGACCAGCCGAUGGGUGUGAUUGACUUUAGCUUGUACCUGAAGGGAGGCAAGUACAAUGGCGACAACGAUGAUUCAGAAAGCUCGGAAGGCAAGUCAAAAAUGGCAACCAUUCUGGAUCAGAAGAACUAUCUGGAAGAACUCAACAGACACCUUAAUGCAACUGUGACCAACCUCCAGCAGAAGAUGGAGCACCUGCAGACAAAUAAUGCACUCAUGAAAGAAGAUCUCGCCAUCGCCAAAAACAGCAUUCUGACUAUCCAGGAGGAAAACGACAUUCUCCGCAGAGAGCGGGACGUAGUGACUGAGGGUUUGCAGAAACAGAUGGAGGCAACCAAGCAAGACAUUGAUGUGGAGCGUGAGACAUAUCAGACAAACCGGGCAGGGCUGGAGAGCAUGUACACUGGCGUAAAACAGCAGCUCGAAGGAGAGACCGAAAUGAGGCUGGAUGUAGAACGUGAGCUGGAGCUCCAGAUUGGGAUGAAGACAGAGAUGGAGCUUGCAAUGCGGCUCCUCGAGAGGGACAUCCAUGAGAAACAGGACAGCAUUGUGACACUUCGUCAGCAGCUGGACGAGAUCAAGUCCAUCAACCAGGAGAUGUACCACAAACUGCAGAGUUGUGAGGGAUCCAUGAAACACAAGGUGGACAUGGUGAGCAAGCUGGAGGAGAAGACGACCCAGCUGGUGACCACCCUGCGGGACUUGGAGAAAAGACAUAAAAAAGCUGAAUCCGACAAAAUGGCAGCCGAAGAAACAGCACGCAAACUUGGGCAGAUCGUAGCUGAGAAGGACGCCAAGCGCACGGCCCUGGAGACAGACUUGCGGAUUGAGCGGGAGUGGCGCAGCACGUUGCAGCACAGUCUGGAGGAGGAGAAGACACAUGGCAGCCAGCUGCUGAUGGAGCUGCAGCACAUGAAGGACAUCAAGCAGGAGUAUGACAGUCUGCGGCACAAACAUGAGCAGCUCGGUCAGACAUGUGAGGAACAGGAGAAGGCCUUGUCUGAGCUUGGAUCUCAUCUCAGCGAGUCCAAGUUGAAGGUGGAGGACAUGCGGGAGGCAAACCUGGUGCUGAAGGAGGCUCAGUGGGUGGGAGACAAUGCAGCCACUUCCUGUAAACAGUGCAGCAAGGACUUCUCAAUAUCCAGGAGAAAGCACCACUGUCGAAACUGUGGAGAUAUUUUUUGUAAUGAAUGUUCCGACAAUAAAAUGCCUCUUCCAUCAUCGUCAAAGCCUGUGAGAGUCUGUGACAGCUGCCAGGCACUCCUCCUGCAGAGGUACUCUGCCACAUAGCCCAGUCUAUCUCAAUGUCUUCACACCAGCACACAGACGGGAAACACAAUGGAACAGGGGGAAGCUCUGUCACAUAGCCCGGUCUAUCUCAAUGUCUUCACAUCAGCACACAGACGGGAAACACAAUGGAACAGGGGGAAGCUCUGACGCUUUGCCCAGUGUCAUACAUAUGUCUUCACUUCAUCGUGCUUGGUUAUGGACGUUGACUAUGCGAGGUCAAGGACCGUGGAGAGAGUGUUUCUGGGCACAUUGAGAUUACAGACUAUUGGUGCAAUAUGGACCCCCUUCUUCCUCUUGUGACAACAACUGUGAUACGUAUAACUGUGGAACAAAUUAGGAGCUUGACCACAGACAGGUUGCACUUGCAUCAAGAAAUAUGUAUAUCAAGAUGUUUAAGUGAAGGAAUCAUUUGUUUAACAUGUAGUGACAUUUAGUUUCGCAUAUGGUCUCACAGUUGAGAAAAACAAAGAAACAAAAGCCACUUUCAGAAUAAUUUUUUCUAUUAUUCAAUGUGAUAUUUUUGUAUUUCUUUCACAAGAUAUCUACAAAAUGUAAUGAGUAUAGAAAUACUGUUGUAGAUUGGAGUCAAUGCAGAGAGUCACUGCUGGACUGAACAUUGACAUGAUAAGGGAAAAGGUUCUGUGUCAGAACAAGAAAGUUGAAUGUUUAUGUGAAGGCAUUUUGCUUUGAUAAUCCAAACUUAAGUGCUUUUCAAUUUUGAUAAAACUGUACAGAACUGAAUAUGGGCCUCCAACUUCCUGCUUCAGUCAGUAUGCUGUCACUGUUUCACUAGCCAUUGCCAUACUCCACAAUCCAUAUCCUAGUCUAACCAGGUUACCUUGGGUAUGUUUCAUAUGGCUGAGUAGCUUGUAGAAACACAGGCAAAGUAGCUCAUGUAACUAUUGUGUGUUUCCUAUGCUUGCCAAACAUUGUUGGGUUUAAAGCACUGGUUCAGCAGGUGCUUGUGGUCGGGUUGGUGAUGGAUUGUCAUUCACAAACCCAAGACUGCGUGGACACACACACGUGGUCAUCAGAUGAUCAUCGUCUCUUGGAGGUCUGUCUCCAUUACAUCCAAGCAGUUUGUCCAUACUGUUUAUGGUCAACAAAUGUUUAUGAAAGAUAAGCUAUGAUCAGUCAAAUGACAAUCCAGUAUUUAUAUCGUUUAAGGAUAAUGUUGUCUUCAUAGUGCAGAAGAGUAAAUGGUUAAUCCUGCUAAAACAUGGAUGUCUGCUUUGUUCAUUGUAAUACAUUUGAUUUACUGUCAGUGAUUGGUUUGUUUUCUUACAUUGACAUAUCCAGUGAAUCACAUAAGUUAAUGAUAUAUAUUAUAUAGUGUAUUUUUCAAAGCUACCUAAAUAGUGUAGGUAGGCAAGUAUAAAUAGCAUGUAAUUAGUGGCUGAUGACACAUUCAUAUAUUGACAUACAGAAUGAUGUAACGUAUCCUUGGCUCGACAGAUUCAUAUACUGACAUACAGAAUGAUGUAACGUAUCCUUGGCUCGACAGAUUCAUAUACUGACAUACAGAAUAAUGUAACGUAUCCUUGGCCCGACAGAUUCAUAUACUGACAUACAGAAUGAUGUAACGUAUCCUUGGCGCGACACAUUCAUAUAUUGACAUACAGAAUGAUGUAACGUAUCCUUGGCUCGACAGAUUCAUAUACUGACAUACAGAAUGAUGUAACGUAUCCUUGGCUCGACAGAUUCAUAUACUGACAUACAGAAUAAUGUAAUGUAUCCUUGGCUCGACAGAUUCAUAUACUGACAGACAGAAUGAUGUAAUGUAUCCUUGGCCCGACAGAUUCAUAUACUGACAUACAGAAUAAUGUAACGUAUCCUUGGCUCGACAGAUUCAUAUACUGACAGACAGAAUGAUGUAACGUAUCCUUGGCCCGACAGAUUCAUAUACUGACAUACAGAAUAAUGUAAUGUAUCCUUGGCUCGACAGAUUCAUAUAAUGACAGACAGAAUGAUGUAACGUAUCCUUGGCCCGACAGAUUCAUAUACUGACAUACAGAAUAAUGUAACGUAUCCUUGGCUCGACAGAUUCAUAUACUGACAUACAGAAUAAUGUAAUGUAUCCUUGGCUCGACAGAUUCAUAUAAUGACAGACAGAAUGAUGUAACGUAUCCUUGGCCCGACAGAUUCAUAUACUGACAGACAGAAUGAUGUAACGUAUCCUUGGCCCGACAGAUUCAUAUACUGACAUACAGAAUAAUGUAACGUAUCCUUGGCUCGACAGAUUCAUAUAUUGACAUACAGAAUGAUGUAAUAUAUCCUUGGCCCGACAGAUUCAUAUACUGACAUACAGAAUGAUGUAAUGUAUCCUUGGCUCGACAGAUUCAUAUACUGACAUACAGAAUGAUGUAACGUAUCCUUGGCUCGACAGAUUCAUAUACUGACAUACAGAAUGAUGUAAUGUAUCCUUGGCCCGACAGAUUCAUAUACUGACAUACAGAAUGAUGUAAUGUAUCCUUGGCCCGACAGAUUCAUAUACUGACAUACAGAAUGAUGUAACAUAUCCUUGGCCCGACAGAUUCAUAUACUGACAGACAGAAUGAUAAAAGUGUUCCCUCUCCAGUCAUCUACUGUGGCACUUCCCACUCUGGUUGUAGCCAAAACACCUGUAAAUCCCAUACUUUAACACAUACUUACGACAGUUGUAGUCCCUAUGAUUGCUGAGUGGACUGAGGUCCCUGUUCCAUUAAACAGACCUCGACACUCACUACUCCACCAAUAACUACACCAUGUGAUGGCCUGACAUCAUUACGGGUGCAUCUGUACUACUGCUGCCAAGUUGCCAAGGGGUUUUUUUCGGGUACAUUGUUUCAUGGACAGUCACUGUGUAUGGUUUAACUGUUUAUUAAAGUACCCAUCUGUAGAAAGACUCUGGUUAGAUUCCCCUAAUGAAUACAAUGUGUGAAACCCAUUUCAGAGGUCACCAAUGGGAGACUAACAGAAUAUUGCAAAAGCACUGCUUGUAGUGUGAGAUCACUUCUCCAUUUUGCCAUUAUCGACAGUGUAGCCAAAGGUUGUUUUGUUGUUGGGUAAACUGCUUUGUAGAUGUAGUCUGAAGCUUGAUUAUAAUUCUCAUCAGAAUAUAAGUUGAUUGAAAGGGAAUGCUAGAACUUGAAUUAGUUUUAGAAUGUCAAACAGAACCACCUUUUGUGCUCAUCGAAAUAGAGCAUGGGGGUUACGAGGUCCUUGUCAUAACCUUUCUGUUAGAAUUAAUCAUUAAGGGGUUUUCAGAUACAAACAAUACAGGGACAGUUCUCCAGAACUCUCUUCAUAGGAUCAGAAAUUCAGUGACACCCACUCGUGUUACAUGUCUGAUAUGGCAAAUUUGAGUUAAUGGAUAUAAGUUGCCAACAGUUAUGAGAAGAGUCCAUGACUUUGCACAGGUAAGUGCACUGGAAGCAUUAGAUGAUUCUGAUGCUAUUGUCAUGCAGGUGCAGGGUGUGUGGUGUCCUAAACCUCAGGCUGACAGGUUUUGUGUCAGUAUGAACACAACAUUAGCCUCAUUUCAAGUCAAUUCUCUGUCAGUUUCUUAAGCUCAUAAGGCUGUUAAACACAUCUGAUAAGGUAGGUUUGGUAGUGGUACUGUCCACUGUCAGGGCAAGGUGUAUAGGAUGUACAUAUGUAACACCAUCUUCAAAAUAUUUGCUUUCAUUGUGAUUGACAUGUAUUAGGAUGAGAAAAGUCAAAAUGAAGUAAUAUAAGAACAGAUGGGACAUUUAUUGAUUGUCAUCCUAUCUUCAUUAGAUCAACCUGGGAUGAGUGAUGUGGAUACUGCUAUACGUUUAAAGUGUAUAUGCAUCAGUGUGCUCAUCCAGGUCAGGUUUGGUCAGUACAAGUUGACCUUGGUCAAGGACUUAUUGGCUUGAUUUGUGCAGUUCUUCUCUCUAAGCACAGCCAAGAACAAAACUGAUCAUACUCAUGUGAACUGGUGUGUGUAUACAGCUAGGCUGUGUGGCUAUGUGUAUAUAUGUAUUUAUGUAUUCUGUAUUUAUGUAAAUAUUCAACAAAUGUGUAUGUGUAUGUAUCUGGACAAAUAUAGAUUUAUAAAAUCUAACCAAUAAAGGCAUUUGAAGAA